UGGUUGUCUCAUUUUGUCUGCUGAAAAUGGACUUUGUUUUAUUAUCCUUGGUUAAAUCAAUGUUGCUACAUAUAUACUAGGCAUAUACUGAAACAGACAUGAUAGAUUCAUAUGUUUUUGGCUCUUUGUCUUUUUUUACUCUUCAAUUAUAAUGAAGAAUUCAACCCCUCGUAAAUGUUAUAAAUGUUUCGAUAGCGCAGAAAUUUUCUCUUAGACUUGAUCCCAGAUAAGUUUUUAGAAGAAGAAGAAUAAACAGCAGCAGCACGCAGUUUCUCUUGAAGGGAUGGAAAAUUACAAGACCUUUGUUGGUGGAAAGAUUGGGCUGAUUUGUUUCACUUUGGGGAUGUUCCUUGUGUUUCAAAGUGCUCAUGCUUUCAAUAAAACAGCGCCCACACACAAUGUAAAUCUAAGCCCAUUCGAGGGUUGGAUGAGUGCUUUCUAUUGCAUGAACAAAACAGCACCUGUUCAUUGCUCGCCAAAGGGGCAGCUGACAUUCAGUGGAAUAGUGGACGUGGCCCCAAGUGAGAAGGCAGACUAUUGCAGUGAUACAACAGGGUGCUCAAAACACGCCUUGGAUGUGCUUGAAUGCAUCUACUUGGUCAAAAGAGACUUCUGGUUUCAUAACGAUGCCACUGUAGGAUUCCUCAAUCGAACCAUCACUGAGGGAUGUUCCAAUAAAAAUAAUAAUUCAGGUAUUUCAACGGCGAAUUUCACGAGCAGUGGGAUGAAGGUGUACCAGAAGAUGUACAUACCAUUUGUUGCAUCACUGUCAAGCUUGGCCUUCAUAGCCAUGUCCAACAUCAUGUGAAAAGCUUUUCCACCGGCUGUGUGAUAGUUUGGAAAAGUCUAGUCGAGUGUACUCUACAAAACCCUACAACAUAUUAUGCAAAUAGAGGCAGGCACAGCCAUCUACACUAUUGAAAUCAAUAAGGAUCAACACUUCCAUUACUAUUAUUAUUGCAUAUGUCUUAGACUCUUUUUAUUUUUUGUUUCUACUUAUUUAAAUCCUUAUAAUAUAUUUUGUAAUCGUGUUA